AUGCCAACUUCCCCGGAAGAUAACGCUUGCGACUCACCGUACUCUUCGGUAUCGGAUGACUUUACGAUGAACAAUUUAUAUUUUUCUUCUACAAACGACAUAUCUCAAGAUAACCCACCAACUUUAUUGGAUCCAAAACUAGAGGUCGUUGACUCGAACACACCUUUGUUUUUUAUAACUCUAACUCCACAGCAAACACCUACUCGAGAGUUGCAACCCCCGGCUACUCAAAACGAUCCGCAAGUUUCUCAUUUUCACCAAACAGUCUUCAAUUCUACGUCAUUGGGUGAUAUGCAUCAACAAUCUAUAAAUAAUUUUAUGUCGCCCUCGUUUUCCCAAGGAAUACCGAAUUUUGCUCCAAAUGGAAUAAAUUAUCUCGAAUAUAUUAAUGGAACGGAUAACAACAUAGAACAAAAUAUUUCAUCAACGCAAGCAGAUCGACAAUGCCAGGUGCAGGAUAUCAGUGAUAAAGGGCUUCAAAUACGUGUUCUCGGAGUUCCACAGACUGGUGCAAAGUCUCGUGUAGAAACACAAAUAAAAUU